GCCCCGCCCGCCGCGUGUGACCGGCAGGGCUGCGCCGCUGCCGCUCCGCUCCCGCCCGGCUCCGGGAUGCCGCUCCUCAGCGUGCCCAAAGAGGUGGCCGUCGGGACGGCGAUGCUGGGGAUCGCCUUUGCCACGGGUGUGCUGGCAGGUAAAAGAUACCCUUCUUUAGUUUUUGGGACACCAAAGUCAUCCAAGAGUUUAAUUGGGAAAAACAGCCCUCUCUGGCAAUACAUACUGGAUCACUCUUUGCGGGAACAUCCAAUUCUAAAGAAGCUGCGUCUGCUCACCACUGAGCAUCCCUGGGGCAGAAUGAUGGUGUCUUGUGACCAGGCUCAGCUUAUGGCAAACUUGGUCAAACUCAUUAAAGCCAAGAAAGUUAUUGAAAUAGGUGUUUUCACAGGUUAUAAUGCCUUGAAUAUGGCACUUGUCCUGCCAGAUAAUGGCCGAGUUAUUGCCUGUGAUAUAAACGAGGACUAUGCCAAAAUUGGAAAGCCACUGUGGAAGGAGGCAGGAGUAGAGCAUAAAAUUGACCUACGGAUCAAGCCAGCAAUUCAAACACUUGAUGAACUGCUGGCCAGUGGAGAAGCAGAAACCUUUGACUUUGCCUUCAUUGAUGCGGAUAAAGAAAGCUACAAUGAGUACUAUGAAAAAUGUUUGCGACUCAUAAGGAAAGGGGGAAUAAUAGCCAUUGAUAAUGUCCUUUUUAGUGGAAAGGUACUAAAACCAAGAAAGGACGACUUGGCAGUGCAGAGCAUCCACCGCCUCAAUGAGAAGCUGCUCAGAGAUUCCCGCGUCAGUAUCAGUAUGCUCCCCAUGGCGGAUGGAGUCACACUGGCAUUCAAGCUGUAACUCCAGGGAGCCCAGCAGAUGGGAAAUAACGAGCAGCGUUGAAUCAUCAGGAAAAAUGCAGGUGGAGCAGUAUCACAAAUGGUAAUUUUACCUGUAUCUCCACUGGAUAGCAUAGCUGGGAAAGUAGACUUUAGGAGCAGCAGCAUCCUAAGGGUGCCUAAGUAGAGAAGAGAGACUUAUUUUGAGAUCUACCAUGGUUUCUUAUUUUAAUUGUAAUAAAGCAAAUAAACUUAUGGGAAAUGUUCCUUGUAAGA